GAAGUGGCUUAGGGUUGGUUAUUGGUGGCCGCUGCGACGCUCUGAUUGAAAGGCUCUACAUGAGCUCUUGUGGGUCCGCUUUGGAGCCAUGCGUGCUGACCAGGCCUCGGUCUGGUACCGGCGGAUGGCUGUUUUCUACGCAGUCGGCGCCUGGUCGGUGCUGGGCUCGGUGUAUUUAUUUACACGGAAACAGAAGGUAUCAGGCCAUGGAGUAGGGCAGGAAGAUGGCUCAAGGAAUGAAACGCCUGUUUCUACAAGUCAAGACCCCCAUUUCAUAACAGAAAUUGCUGAGCCUGUUUCAGGGCUUUAUGUGAAAACAGUUGUAAAGCGUUCAGAAAACGUUCCAGUUACUCAAAGGAUCCUGGACUAUCUGAACUCGUGGAUUGGUGGGCCUGGCGCAGAAUCCUGAGCAGCCGCUGGAUUCUGAAAACAAGGACUUUGCCCAGGUUUUAAAGGAUGCCUUGAUUGCCACUUAAUGGUUGUAGAAAAAAUGUAUUUAAUUUAAUUUUGUAAACUAUAAUCAUUAAUAAUAUGCAAUAAAUGUUUUCUUGGAGGA